AUGAUCAAGCAAUUUAAAGCAAACGAACUAAAAAGGGCGGAAAAAUCGAAUAGGUCAUCUAAUUCUUCGUCUUCCUCGCCCUCAGUACUCUCGGUGAAGGGUGACGGUUCGCCUGGUGAGUUCAACUGUCGCAACUUGACAUCAGAACUGGAAAAGCUCUGUUCUUCUGAGCUAGAUGCCUCUGUCGUCAUGAAAUACACCCAGUGUACGUUUGGCGGCUACUCUGCUAGAAUUUCAACGAUUGAGCCUGGGCGUUGUCGUGAUUGCGUCCCGAAGAAAGAACACUCUGGACGAGAGGAUCUCUGGUUUCGCCUACUCGUCAUUCAAAGUACGGACGCUAUUGUGGACUAUAUAUAUAAGACAACCGUCUAUCGUCGGAAGUUGCCACGAAUAAUCUACACUAAUUACGUUAUCAUCAGUUACACAUUAGGCGACAAUCUCUGGCCCAUCGUACAGGUGAAAGUGAGGAGACUUACCGCAGUCGUUCGACUCUGUAACAAAAACCGGCACGAAUUGACAAGCAAAGAGUAA